GUCCUUCACCUCCCGCGGCUCCAUGGCGCUGCCGCCGCCGCCCCGCCGCCGCUUCCCACGCCGGGAGCCCGGGGCCGCCGCCAACCGCUGCCGCCGGCCGUGCGGGGGCUCCGUCGUGCCGGCCGCGGGCCCCGGCGCCCGCCGCCCUCGUCUCGCCUCGCCUCGCCUCGCCCGGGCCUCGCUCCGCCGCCGCCGCCUCCCGAGCGCCGAGCCGGGAAGGAGACGCGGGCCCUGCGCGGCCGCAGGAACUGAUGUCAGGCGGGGCGGCGCCAGCACCGGCCGGGAGGGACGGCGGCGACCAGGCGGGCCCGCCUCCUCCGAGACCCGGGGCGAUGGAGACCUGGGAGCUCAGAGAUCCGGAGCCCCGGGGACCUGCAGACCUAGGGGACUCACACAGCCCGGAUCGCAUAGACCCAGGACCUCACAGAGCCAGAAUCGCAUAGAUCCGGCACCGCAGAGCCUCGGGACCUCAAACACGCUGGGACUCAAAGACUUCGCCUCCCACUUCCCAAUCCUGCACAAACUCCUCAUGAGACCCUGGGAGCUCACCGAUCUCCAGAGCCACCCUGCUCAAAGACCCCGGGAACCUCACAGACCCCGGGCCCCCUCCCAGCUCCUCUGAGAUACCGUAUUGUCCGUGUUGUCGUUCCCCUAACCCCUUGCAGCAAGGCCCUGCACGGGCCUAAAAACUGCCCCAGCUCCUUAGAUAUUGCUCCCUCUCUCCUUGCCCACACUUCCCUUCCCUGUAACAUUCAAAGGCUCUCCUUCCAGGACCCGGCCAACUCCUUGAAGACCCCACUCAGGACCAGGACAGACGGGGCCCCUCCCUCAUUCCAAACCUGACAUUCCUCACCCUUGCCCACAAGGGGCCCCAGAUAUACCCGAAUACUCGAGAGACUCUGGAGACAAGGCUUGGCCUGGCAGAGACACCUACCUAUUCCUUUCCAACUGCUCCACGCACACCCCAGGGUUCCGAGGUUUGGACCGCCUAGAGCCACUCCAGCACCCAACGUUGCCCUGAUGCCAGAGCUCAGCCCUCCAUCCUCUCCAACACUCCAAUUCACCGUUCUCAAGGGGAAUGCCUUCCUGUCCAGCAGGCAGGCGAAGCUGUCUGAGCCUCAUCGGAGAGAGGCAAGCAGGAGGGGCUGGCUUUGUGUAUCUACAAAGUACUGCAAGUCCCCGACCUGACCCUGAAGUCUCCAGAAGUGGAUGCUUUAAGCUGAAGCAAGGCAGCUUUAUCCGGGGCAUCUGACUUUAUGUUAAAGGUCCAGUGCCUCCUCCCAGCUUGUUCCGUCAGUAGAAUGGGUAGGUACAAACUGGGCUGUUACCCAACCUUCCAGCUUAAAAAACCUUCAGCAACUCCCUGUCAGAGCGGGUGGGUUAUGUUUUUUUCACACUUUCUCUUUUUAUACAUUUUUAUUUCAUACGCAUGGGCAUUUUGCCCAGAUGUACAUCUGUGCACCACUUGUGACUUUGUGUCAGUGGAGGCCCAAGAGGGAGUUGGAUCCCCUGGAAGGAAGAGCUGCAAUGGCCGUGAGCUGCCCUGAGGGAGCUACAUGGAACCUGGGUCCUCUGGAAGAGCAGCCAGUAUGUUUAACUGCUAAGCCAUCUCUCCAGU